AUGGCUUCUGCUGAAGGAAGUGACUCUGAUCCUACGCACAAUCAAUCCACACAACAAGUUCCUCAGUCUAACACAGAGAUCAAUUCUCCCAAUCGUUUUUUCCUUAGUGCAAGUGAGAAUCCUGGAAAUAUCUUAGUCACUCAACCACUCUUGGGAAUGAGGAACUAUCAAUCUUGGUCUAGGGCUAUGGUUCUAGCAUUGACUGCCAAGAAAAAGAUAGGAUUCGUGAAUGGCAAGAUUGCAAAGCCUGAAGAUGAUUCUCCUCUUAUCAUGUACUGUGAGACUGUGAGGGAGAUGUGGCUUGAGUUACAGCGUGUGUUUUCACAAGGAAAUGGACCAAAGGUUUAUAAUCUUCAGCAAGAGAUUUCACAGAUAACUCAGGGGCAAUUAUCAGUGACUAAGUAUUACUCUAAAUUCAAGAAGCUUUGGGAUCAAUUGAUUCAUUAUGAACCUUUACCAGCCUGUACUUGUGGAGCAAUGAAAAUUCUGAGCAUUGCACAUGAGAAAUCCUAUGUGAUGAGGUUCUUGAUGGGGCUUAGUGAGAGUUUUGAGACAGUGAGGAGUCACAUUCUCAUGCUUGAGCCAUUUCCUUCAAUGAGCAAGGUAUAUGCUCUGGUUCUCCAAGAAGAAUCUCACAAAGGUAUUGGCUAUGGCUCUACCUUCACACCUAGGCCUGAUUCAGUGGCAAUGUAUGCCAAUACCAGGGGAUAUUCAGGCAAUAAAGGUGGCCUUAAGAAGGAGAGACCUUUGUGUACUCAUUGUAACAUGCUUGGACAAACUGUGGACAAGUGUUACAAGCUCCACUGGUAUCCACCAGGUUACAAGCACAAAGGGAAGCCUAAUUCCAAUGCUAACCAAGUUUCAUAUCCUCAAGGUCAAGCUGUUGAGGUUCCUUCUAAUGCAUCUGUUCAGUGUCCUAUUUCUAAGGCACAGUGUGAGCAAUUACUUACUCUUUUCAAUUUUGGAACUGAUCAAGGUGCUAAUCACCAUGUUGCAAGUGUUAGUACAAGUGCUGCUGUCUCUAGCAUGCUUUCUGGAGCUACUGGUGUGCCUGCUGCAACUGGUGUGCCUUUUACAUCUAUGACAUCUUCAGACUAUGCUCAAUCUACCUUUGUUGACACCAUAUCAGGUAUCAAUUCAUUGCUUCAUUUUUCCCCUUCCUUGAAGCAUUCAAUUUUUUCUGCUAAAGUAGUUGAUAGAGAAGUCUUUUGUGCCACUGAUUGGGUCAUAGACACAGGGGCUACAGAUCAUAUGGUCCAUUCCAUUGCAUAUUUCACCACUAUCACUACUACUCUAAACACCUUUGUCAAUUUACCUAAUGGGGAAGUUGCUUCUGUUACUCAUGUUGGCAUUGUGAAAAUAUCAGAACAUCUUAUACUUCACAAUGUUCUUUGUGUCCCAUCUUUUAGUUUCAAUCUCAUUUCUGUCAGUCAGUUAGUUAAGUCCACUGCUUGUUGCCUUAUUUUCUUUGGACAUUCAUGCUUUAUCCAGGACCUUGCUCAUUGGAGCACACUUGGUCUGGGUAGAGAAAGCAACGGACUUUACUUGCUGGACAAGAGCUACACUUCUACACCUGCUAUUGCUGCUUCUGUACAUAGUCCUCAGGUUCACAUCUGGCACUCCAGAUUGGGUCACUUGUCUAAUGCCAAAUUGGCUUCAAUAAAACCAAGUGAUAUACCUAGUUUCAUUUCUGUUGAGAACUUUGAUUGUAAUAUUUGCCCACUUGCAAAACAAAAACGUUUACCCUUUAAUAAAAGCUCUCAUUUGUCUAAAUCUUGCUUUGAGUUGAUUCAUUGUGAUUUGUGGGGACCUUUCUCGGUUUCUACCAUUGAUCAUUGCAAGUCUAAAUUUGCCCCUAGAGCUGUUAAGUGUGUCUUCUUGGGAUAUCCUUUUGGGGUUAAAGGAUAUAAAGUUCUUGAUUUGUCUAAUAACAAGGUGUUCCUCUCUAGGGAUGUGGUUUUCCAUGAAAAUUCUUUCCCUUUUGCUUCUAUUUCACCUCAUAUUGCAGAUCCUUUCCUAUCUUCUGAUGUGGGAGCUUCUUGUUCAGCUGGUGUUGUUGAUUUUGUUACUCCUGUCAGCAUUUUUGAACCAUCUUCCAUGGAUUUUACUGAUCCACCUUCUUCUUCUCAUUAG